GAUUCUGAAAUUGAGUGCCCUUUUAAUGAGUGUUACAAGAGGGUUACAUUUCAAAACAUGAUUAUUAUCUAUUAUUACAUAGCUACCCCGGAAUUACACUAUUUAUUUCCAAUACUCCCUACUAAUUCAGAACAGUAGCUAUAGACACUAUACUCACUCAGCUUCCUGCACAACACACUAAACCUUUCAGCUCUCUCUCUCUCAGAGGUUUAACAAAUCAGCAAGCUGUUCUUCAAUGGGACAAUGGACAAGCUCCAAGUUUCCUUUCGUCACUUUGUCCCUUAAGAAAUCGUGUCUCUAUACUCAGAUUCUUGCACAACACACUAAACCUUUCAGCUCGAUGCUGUCCACGGCCACAAGGGCUUUCCUCUUCCUCUCUGCCACCUCCACACUCCCACGAUACACCGCCACCACCACCAAAACGCGCCUCAGGGGCGUCGUUUUCGACAUGUACCGUGCUGUCCUCGGUGACGAUGAGUAUCGCCGCAUCAAAGCCCAGAGCCCCUCCGGUAUCGACAACUUGUCUCAUAUCGACCGAUGGCUUCAACACCAACAGCAACAGGCCUAUGACACCAUCGCUGAUUUCAAGCGCCAAGCUCUUCUUCAUCUCCAAAUCAUGCCUGGUGCUGCUGACCUUUGUCGCCUUCGGGGAUUGAUUACACGCAAUGUCAAGUCUGCUGUUGAUAUAUUUCAUGAACGAUUUGGGAUUACAUUUUCUCCGGCGUUAAGCAGGGAAUUUCGUCCUUACAAACCUGAUCCAGCUCCACAGUUGCAUAUUUGUUCUCUUUGGGAAGUUCAGCCAAAUGAAGUGAUAAUGAUCGGGGAUAGCCUUAAAGAUGACGUGAGUGAUUCUUUUCCUGAUAAUGUGAUUGAUUCUGUGCAUUUUCAUGGUUUAUGACUACUGGGACACUAUUAGCGUUGUAACUUUGCCAUUUCAAGUGCAUCAGUUCUUACUAUUAUCUUUAUAUGGAAAUAAUGCUUGUGGUGU